CAACAAAAAAAGCAUACCAGGUAACACAAAGAAGAAGACGAGGCGGAAAUUACAAGGAAAAGUAGAAUAAAUCUAACAAACUGUCCACGAAGAACCUGACGAUGACUUUCGAUAGGAAUUAUCACCGGGUUAAUGUUUUACUUUGACGUUCACAAUGAUUUCCGUGAGCUACAUCCUUUUGUGUGGACAGUUCCUACUGUUAGUGACGGUCAUUCUUUUGCAAUGUUUGGAAGGGAUCCACUCUCAAAACUCGUCGGGCGCUGAUGCUUCCACCGGCGGUCCUGCCUCGACCGUGAGUCCCUUCAGCGAGCAGACUCCCGAAGUAUUGAAAUAUGAAGUUCCAAUGGGAAGUACGAAUUACACAGACGCCUUUGAGUACAAAGCUUUGUCAGCAGUCGUCCUCUGCGGCUAUUUACCAGAGGAGUUCAUCUACUGUCAAGACCCUGUAGAUCAUGCUGGAAAUCAUAGCGCUUUUCUGGAGAUGGGGCAUGGCUGUGUUGGGUGGGGAGGCCAGACUCAAAAAGAAGUGAACCACACACCAGUUGUCUGCACUGCACUUGAUGAUAUUGAGUGUGCCGGGCCUAGAGAAUUCCUCAGGGGGAAUGUACCUUGCAUCAAAUAUACUGGGCACUAUUUUAUCACCACUCUGCUGUAUUCAUUCUUCCUUGGAUGUUUCGGGGUCGAUCGUUUCUGCCUUGGACAUACAGGGACAGCGGUGGGAAAGUUGCUCACACUAGGAGGCCUGGGAAUAUGGUGGUUUGUGGACUUGAUCCUACUUAUUACUGGUGGCUUGAUGCCUAGUGAUUACAGCAACUGGUGCAACUACUACUGACCAGGAAAGCAAGGCCAAAUUGGGACACUUCUUAGUUUGAUGUAACUCCAAAGACAAUGUCUGCAAUCCCUCAAGCUUCCCAGAGACUGCUGCCAAAUAUUGCGUUUAUUCCAAUGUACGUGUUGUUUCCAUGUUGAAGAAAUCUAAAAUCUGAUUGUACUGGUAGCUGUCACGUGAAAAAAAACACAAUACAAUGUUAGUACUUUAUAAAAUGACUUCAUAAUUGUAUAGGUUUUUGUUUUGUUCAGUCAACAUACAAAUGUAACUCUGGUCCUCUGUGUUUGUUACAAAUACAAUUAGUGAACAUGGUACCAUUUUUUUGUUGUGUAUCAUUUGUUAUCCAUUUAGAUAUUAUAAGUAUUGACCUUAGUGCAGGCCUGGGCAAUUAUUUUGACUCGAGGGGCCAAAUUUUAUAACCUGACUCUCGCCAGAUCCUUGUAGUUCGCUGAGCUCCACACAAGGAUCUGGGACUUCUCAAUAGGAGAUGUAUUUCAGAAGGCGGGGCCUUUUAAAAAAAAUCAUUGUAUGUGAUUGAAUAAACCACUUGUCCGUUAUCUUGAUUGACGUGCUACUUCAACCAUUCACAUGGAAAUCAACCCAUGACGCUGAUGAGAGCGACGCUGGGAAAUCCAAAACAGAACAGCCGACAUAUUGGAUAACGACAGAGCGAAAAGUUAGAGAACUUUUACUGAGACAAUGCAGCAUUGUCAGUAGACGAUCGAUGUCGCAAAACAGUUGCAAUAGCAGAAUCAAUGUCAGCGCACGACUACUCGCUCCGUGCCGCCAUUGUUGUUUGAAUCAAACAGUCGCUUCGGCGCUACAUCACAUCUAUGAAAUCCCGUCCGGCAAUCCUGAUUGGUUCAUUAUUUUUUGCUAUCUUGAAGGAGUUUGCAAUGCCCUCAAGCCCGGAUCCUUGUGUGGAGCUCAGCGAACUACAAGGAUCUGGCGAGAGUCAGGUUACAAAUUUUAGGAAGACUAAUACAAAACCUCACAAUGUCGGAUUGAAUGCUAAAAACGUUGUGACAGACCGCCUUAAACGGUCACUCAGAAUGUACAUGAAAAUAAAGAAUGCAUGAUUUACAAUAUUAACUAUGAACGAUAAAACACUGAAUAUUGACAACAUAUGAACGUCACACCCCCUCUCGAUCAACAUAUUUUACAAUCAAAUGAAACGCAACAAAAAUGCAACAAACACAGCAAAAUAUGAAUGCGAAGGGUGAUAUAUAUUUGAUAUAUCACUAAGCUUUAAAUUUUUGUUGUAAAAAUCUCCUUCCGCGUCUGUCUUUGACACCCGCAUUUCAAGCUGACACUCUGUGGAAACGCUCCCCACCCACACUGCUUGGUGCCUUUUCUGAGCUGUUGUGACUUAGAUUACCAUAGUAACUAGCAGAGGUGGGACCAAGUCAUUGCUUUGCAAGUCACAAGUAAGUCUCAAGUCUUUGUCCUCAAGUCUCGAGUCAAUUCCCGAGUCAAGACAGGUAAGUCCCGAGUCAAGUCCAAAGUCAAGACUGGAAAGUCUCAAGUCAGUCCCAAGUCCUGCAUUUUGAGUUUCGAGUCCCUUCAAGUCCUUUUAACCACAGACUAAUAUAUUUACACAGAUUGUGUAUGCUUUUAAAACGCUGUAUUUAUUUAUUAAAACAAGUGCAUUUGAAAUUGCAGGAAAAAAAUAGUGCUGACAUUGCACUUCAUAAUAGCACUAUUAACCAGUCAUUUUAAG